CGCACAUCACUUCCUGUGCAUGCUGGGCGCUUUCAACUCCGACAGGACAACCGUCAGAGUCGACGAAGUCGUAUAAAUAAACAGGAAUAACGGAAUAUCUGAGGGAAUAGUCCACCAAACUGUCCGAGAUUCCUCAGACACUGACUCCUGUCAUUGGACCAGCUGGCGUUGGACGGGGUGUUGGACCCUCCCCCUGCACGAGGACAGAAUGAGACAAUAGCUGGGGGUGUUGGAUAUCAUCCCUCCCCCCUCCUCUUUGUUUUCCCCUCCUACAUAUCCAAGAAGCAUAUCCAUACUCACUAUCUCACACCAACACACUACAAAACAAUACCUUGGACUUCUGUGGCUCCCACUCUUUACUUUGUAGUGACCAUGAGACUUUUAGAGGACCGCUGCUGUUGAGAACCUUCUGGGAAUAAAACCCAUUUCCUUUCAGCCAGUGGACACAUCCUUCCAAAUCCCACGGCUUUGGUGGAGCUUGAUGGAAGCUCAGUAGACCAUUGAAUCAUGAAAACACCAGAGGACCACUGGGAGUUUCCAUUUGGAGUUGCAUAUUAAUAGGCUGAAAGACUGCCAGUGAGCAAAGUAAAUCUAAUUCAACAUGCAGCAGUCUUGAACGUCUGUUAGAAUAAAUGAUACCUCUCCUUAGCCUUUUCAUCCAUCAUAUCUGAAGUGCCUUGUGUUUCAUCAAACUUUUUACAUCUCCACAUAUCUGAUCCAUCUGCCAAUCCUUGAAACAAUUGAUUUGUGUACAUAUCCAGCCUUCCAUAUCUGUUUCAUUUGUUUCUUCUCUUUGCAUGCAAGUAAAACUUUAAAGUAUCUGAGAUAAGAGGAAUGAGACCAUCGUAGAGUCCAGUACCUCAAACUUAUCCAACCUAAACACACCAAGACUGUUCAUCUGACUCUCAAACGUGGUGCACUGCUUCCACUGAACAGCUCCGUCACCAUGUACACGCUGCAGUCCAAAUGGCGCUAUCUAAUCAUGUUCUUGGGCGUCCAGUUAGUGGUCAUGGCUCUUCUCUCUAGAGAGGGCUACCAGAAAAGAGUGUCAUAUUUUUUCCGGAUUUUCCGUAAGACGGAUUCUACGUUGGGACACACAAUCGGUGGACGCAACCACACGGAUGUUUAUGCCAACCUCUCCCUUUUGGGCCCUGCUCUUAAUAAAGAGGACAUGCCCUACUGCCCCAAGCAGUCUCCUUUGAUUGGUGGACCAAUUCAUGUCACUUUCCCCUCUGGGCUUACACUUGCCGAGGUGGAGAAGAAGAAUCCACUUGUUGUUCGUGGAGGGCGCUAUAGGCCGCCAAACUGUGAGGCUCGCCAUCGCACUGCAAUUAUCAUUCCCCACAGAAAUAGGGAACACCACCUCAAGUUCCUCCUCUACUAUCUGCAUCCCUUCCUACAGCGUCAGCAGCUCAACUAUGGCAUCUAUGUCAUUCACCAGGCUGGUAAUUACACCUUUAACCGAGCAAAGCUGAUGAACGUGGGAUUUCGUGAAGCCAUGAGGGACGAGGACUGGGACUGCCUCUUCUUUCAUGACGUGGACCUCAUUCCAGAGGACGACCGCAACACCUAUGUCUGCGACACUCAUCCCAAGCACGCUGCCAUUGCCAUGGACAAAUUUGGCUACAAGUUGCCUUAUAAGAUGUAUUUUGGAGGAGUGUCGGCUCUGACCCCUGUUCAGUACCUCAAGAUGAACGGUUUCCCAAACAAUUACUGGGGCUGGGGUGGUGAGGACGAUGACAUCGGUGUCCGGGUCUCACUCGGAGGAAUGCUGAUCAGUCGUCCGUCUCUAAAAGUGGGCCGAUAUAAGAUGAUCAAACACAGGCAUGACAAAGGCAACGAAGUGAAUCCCAAAAGGUUUAACAUGUUGGCUAAGACUCGGCAUACGUGGAAAGAAGACGGCAUGAAUACAGUGGAGUAUGAGAUCGUAUCCCGGGAUUACCAGCUGCUUUACACCAACAUCACGGUCAACAUUGGCACCGAGGCAGCCCUGCACCCAACCAAAAAAAAGCCUGCUUCAUAGUUGACUCCCAGCAUUCUUGUGGAUCCCAGAGGCACUAGUCUUAACGUCAAUGCCGUACUGCCUGCAGACCACUUCACCCACAUGCACAUGGCCAGUGAAUUCAAGGGACAUCAUGCCUUUACUGCACCACACACCUUCUGUUUCCUCUGUAACAGCGGUGCCAUCUAGUGGUCCCAUGAUUCUCUGUUCUUUCUCCCUCUCUUUUUCUCCAAAGUUUGACGUUCUGAUCCUGUGCUCACUGGUUCACUUUAUCAGUCAGGAUGCUGCAGAAACUUCAUCAACUGGUCCACACACUGACCGCUUUGCAGACUCUGUGACGGGCUACUCUGCUGGAAGGAUGUGCUUCCUGACAGACAGACUCUUCAUCUAUCCUCUGUGCCCAUGGGCACCAUUUAAAAACCUAUGUUGCCUUAGAAUCAAGCUGCACUCUCUCCUUACAUUUGUUUCAUGAUGACUGAAGCAUAGCUUCGGCUGCCUGUGUUUGAUGUGUCGCACUGGGUGAGGCCGAGUCUUAGGGAGGGGUAAAAUUUGUUUUCUGCCACGUGAUGGAAACAGUGAAGCAGGCCAAUGUACUACAUAAGCAACAUUGUUUGCUGCACAACUCUGUGAGUCUGGUGCAUUUCCUGUUCAUUAAAUUAGUACUUUUGAUGUACUGUAUGUACUGUAUUGUUAUACAGGCAGGUGGAUUGAUAUUUUAUAUAUCUUCCAUUUCGAGUAUUUCAGUCAGAACUGGCCACUUUGGUAGUAAUAACCACUUUACAUAUACAGAUGUUCUCCUUUUUUCAGUUUUUUUUAUUUUUUAUUCCCGAAUUGUCGUAAUUGCCUUUGGUUGUCUUAGUAAUAACGUUGGCUUUUAUAAUCAGCGUGCUGCCUCUCAUUUUCAUGAAUUACUCAACACAUUGUAUUUUAUCUGCAUGAUUUUUGUUUUUGUUUAUUUUUUUAUGAUUGGCUGGUUAUGUGCAGUUUGCUUUGGAUUAACAAAUAGGCUUGUUGAAUGUAGCUACAUCUCCUUUUGGUGAGAAAAUGUGACGUCAGUGAACAGCGCAUCGUGUUGUGUCCAUUUGGUUGACUUCGUGAGAAGUCUUUGUCCCAUAUUCCCAUUUGUUUAUUCAAAGAGAUUGCAUAAAAAUGCACUUACCUUAUUAACGGAAACCUUUUUUAAAGACCUUCAGCCUCAUAAAAUCACAAGCGUAAAUUGUUCGUAAAACCAUUUUUAAGUAAAUUGUCCCAUUGAUUCAAAUAUGCUAACUUUCGUAAAACCAUUUUUACAUAUUUGCUUUGAAUCAAAUGCGCUAACAUUUGUAAAACCAUUCUUAUGUAAAUUGUUGCAUGGUUAAAUGAAAUGCUAACAUUCGUAAAACCAUUUUUAGAUAAAUUGUUAAAUUUGAAUUGAAUGCUCUAAUAUUUGUAAAUUCGUUCUUGUGUAAAUUGGAAGUAAUGAAUCAAAUGCGCUAUCAAUCGUAAACCAUUCUUGUUUAAGGUGCUGCGUUAAAUUAAAUGCGGUAAUGCUCACAAACCAUUAUUGCAUUGAAUGCGCUAACAUCCAUAAACAUUUUUAUGUAAGUUGUUGCUUUCAGUUGAAUGUGCUAAUAUUUGUAAAAUCAUUCUAAAUUGCUGCAUUAAAUUAAUGCGCUACGGUUCAUAAACAAUAAAUUGUUGCAUUCAGUCAAAUGCGUUAAUAUUUAAAAUCAUUCUUGCAUGCAUUUACUUAUAAUUGUGUGUGCGAAUAAUCAUAAAACAGUUCCAUUCAAUGCAACCAUUUACAUUGGAAUGGUUACGAACAAUUUACACAUUGGUCGUUUUGCUUGCUGUUCAUAAAUGAGGCCCGUUAUUGGUACAGUCUGAAAAAAAAAAAAAAAAAGGUAAAUUCUCAAACAUUUAAACUUACCCCUCUGACUGACACAGAUGACAAAAGAAAUUGUUUUUGUAUGUUUCAAACAUUUCAUAUUUAAAAAUGCAAAAAUUCUCAUGAAUUUGGAGAUGGAUCUGUGCAUGUGUGGAUACACAUUUGUGAUACUAAGAGAAAUAGAUCAUAUGUGGUUUUUCGAAUGCUGCUGUUCUGUGUGAAUGUGAAAGGUGGAGGUGUCGCUCCCCUCUUUACUAGUUUGCAUGCUGUUGGGAGCUUGUGAUGGGUCCUUUAAAAAAAUGGUGUUGGGUCAUUGAAGGAAGUCAUCGGAUGUCAUUGAGGCAGAGAUACCAAAAAUUAAUGAUUUUUUUAACUAGCAUGUUUUAUUUUCUUUUUUUUUUUCUUUUUCCUUAGUAGUAGUCUUUUUUUCUGAAUUAUGAAAGGGUGUAUUGAGUAAACACUUUUGAUUUGAGUUAUUUUGGGACGUAAGGGGCGACUCGAGAUCUUUAUUCUUCACUUUGAGAAUUUAUAUUUGAUAACUAUUCACAUCACCAUCAUAGAAGGUACUUAGAAAACUCUGUUGUUCAGCCAUGAAUGAUAUAGUUUGAUAUGUACAGAUGACAGGCUGCACACUACUCAGGUGGGGUUAUGGAUCCGAUGUUUCUAAAUGUGCCUUAUCGGGCGUAUCUGGAGUUCUUCAGUGGGCAGUGCUCUGAACACAGGGCAUUUGUUUCUCUUUAAGAAGUCUGCACACUACUCAGCGGCCUUAUGAUUUAAUAAAAGAAAUGUUAAUGAA